GGGGAAAAGCAAGGCUAGGAUUCAUUCGAGUUCUCAGUUUAAGUUUUGCCCCCUUAAAGAGAAAAGGAAAAUGUUUAUUGAGAGUUUUAAGGUUGAGAGUCCAAAUGUGAAGUACACAGACGAUGAAAUUCAGUCUGUUUACAAAUAUGAAACUACGGAGCUUGUUCAUGAGAACAGUAAUGGAACCUAUCAAUGGGUUGUUAAACCGAAGACCGUCAAAUAUGAAUUCAAGACUGAUAUCCAUGUCCCUAAACUAGGGGUUAUGCUUGUGGGAUGGGGAGGAAACAAUGGUUCUACCCUCACCGGUGGUGUUAUAGCUAACAAAGAAGGUAUCUCCUGGGCCACCAAGGACAAGGUGCAACAAGCUAAUUACUUUGGUUCAUUGACUCAAGCAUCAACGAUCCGAGUUGGAUCUUACAAUGGAGAGGAGAUUUAUGCUCCAUUUAAGAGCCUUCUCCCUAUGGUGAAACCAGAGGACAUUGUGUUUGGAGGAUGGGAUAUUAGUGACAUGAACCUGGCCGAUGCAAUGGCUCGCGCCAAGGUCUUCGACAUUGAUCUGCAGAAGCAGCUGAGACCCUACAUGGAAUCAAUGGUGCCACUUCCUGGAAUCUACGACCCUGAUUUCAUUGCUGCUAACCAAGGUGAACGUGCCAAUAAUGUCAUCAAGGGCACCAAGAAAGAACAAGUUCAGCGCAUCAUCAAUGACAUCAGGGAGUUCAAGGAGAAGAACAAGGUGGACAAGAUUGUCGUACUCUGGACCGCAAACACCGAAAGGUACAGCAAUGUCAUUGUGGGGCUGAACGACACCAUGGAGAGCCUCUUGGCUUCUUUGGAGAAGAAUGAAUCAGAGAUUUGCCCUUCCACUUUGUACGCCGUUGCAUGUGUUCUUGAAAAUGUUCCCUUCAUCAAUGGAAGCCCACAAAACACCUUUGUUCCAGGGUUGAUUGAUUUGGCUAUUCAGAGGAACUGUCUGAUUGGAGGAGAUGACUUUAAGAGUGGCCAAACCAAGAUGAAAUCUGUUCUUGUGGAUUUCCUUGUUGGGGCUGGUAUCAAGCCAACAUCAAUAGUGAGCUACAACCAUCUGGGAAAUAACGAUGGCAUGAAUUUAUCAGCUCCCCAAACUUUCCGUUCCAAGGAGAUCUCAAAGAGCAACGUUGUUGAUGACAUGGUCUCCAGCAAUGGAAUCCUCUAUGAGCCUGGCGAACAUCCUGAUCAUGUUGUGGUCAUCAAGUAUGUUCCAUAUGUAGGAGAUAGCAAGAGAGCCAUGGAUGAGUACACCUCAGAGAUAUUCAUGGGAGGCAAAAAUACCAUUGUGCUGCACAACACAUGCGAGGACUCUCUCUUGGCUGCUCCAAUCAUCCUAGACUUGGUUCUCCUUGCUGAACUCAGCACCAGGAUCCAGCUUAAGGCCGAGGGAGAGGGCAAGUUCCACUCUUUCCACCCUGUGGCUACUAUCCUCAGUUACCUCACCAAGGCCCCUCUUGUUCCACCUGGCACACCAGUGGUGAAUGCUCUGUCGAAGCAGCGUGCGAUGCUUGAGAACAUACUGAGGGCAUGCAUUGGCUUGGCUCCCGAAAACAACAUGAUUUUGGAAUACAAGUGAAGAGUGGAACAAGCUUUGGUUCUUAGGAACUUCAGGACCAUUUCCCUUUCUCUUUACUAUCGGUUUGUGUUAUCACAGGUUGUAAUGGUUGUCUGACGGUUUGUGGUUCGUAUAUUAAGCUUUUUUUUCUUUGUUUUUUCCCGUUUAGUUCGAGAUUGAACUCAUGUUUGUAGCUUGUUCUUGAACCAAGCACCUAUUUGGUGGAAA